AUGGAAAAAAUUUCUUAUGCUCGAAUUUUGGUUGAAACUGAUGUAUCCCAACCCUUAGUGGAUUCUAUAGAGAUAACUACCCCCUCAAGCAAUCUACAUCAACCAGUGGACUAUGAUUGGAGACCUAAGUUCUGCUCGAAUUGUAUGAGGUUUGGACAUAUGGUGAAUGAUUGUUGGAAUGAUUCAAAGGUUGAUUUUCAAGAUGUUCCUAAAAGGAUGAAGAGAAAUAGGAAUAGGAAAAGGAAGAAUCCAAGAUGGGACUGGCUAGCUAAAGAACACCCUGAUAUGCCACCUGCAACUACAGAUGAUACAGGCAGCCCUAGUACACAAGCCCCUAAUGCUGCUGAUCUAACCAGUGCCAUCAGAGGGGAACCUAGUGAGCAGGCUGCAGUCCAAGUGAAAGUUGUAGUGUCUACUGAACCUGCUGUUACUAAUUCAACUGGUGCCACCGUAGGAGGACCUGGUGAACAUGUUAUAAUUGUCCAGAUGGAAGUGUUGAAUGAAAUGCCUACGGCCAAUGUUGUGACUACUAAUACAUUUGACCCCUGGAAGCAGAAAGAGGUAAGACUCUUCCUGCAGAAAUAUAAAGUGGAUGUUAUUGGAUGUCUUGAAACGAGAAUAAAACAACAGAGGUCACAAAAUAUUCUGAGGAAACUUGCACAAGAGUGGAACCAUUGCUGCAACUAUCCAAUGGACUAUAAUGGGAGAAUAUGGCUAUUAUGGAGACCUCAUGUGCAAAUGCAUAUUCCUGUAGUCACCGAACAGUGUAUACAUUGCAAGGUUGAGAACACUAGUGCUGGCGUUAGUACCUCUCUCACUGUAGUUUAUGCAAAAAAUGAUGCUCAGGAGAGACAAAUUCUAUGGAGGGAUUUAGUUCAGAUUGGUUCCUCAACUCAAGGGCCCUGGCUUAUUAGUGGUGAUUUCAAUAAUGUUCUUUCUUCUGAGGACAACUUGGGUCCCCAAUUACUCACUCUGAGACACAGGAAUUUCGAGAUUGCAUUGAUGCAUUGCAACUCACCCCGCUGA